GUCUGUGUGACGCGAACUGUAGAUGUAGAUCUCGGAUUUCGCUUCAUGCGCGUCGCGCGUAAAUCAGGAAGCGGCUAAAGACAAUACCACGAGAAACCCCUUUUCGCGAGAGAAUUUUUGUUGCUCCCGUUUGUUUACGCGAUUCGUGCCGUGUCGCGUGCGUAAACGUGCGUGCCGUCCCGCGUGAUCUUGUCUCGUCGUGUUAAAACCCGAUCCGUCCCGCGCGCGUGGAAAAACGAUAUGCCCAGCAAAAAGAAAAAGUAUAACGCACGCUUUCCAGCGGGUCGUAUCAAGAAGAUUAUGCAGACGGACGAGGAAGUCGGGAAGGUCGCCAGGCGUUUACCUAGAACCCUAGAACUAUUUGUACACUCGUUAUUAACGAAAACCAUGCAGAUUACGAGCGCCAAAAAUGCUAAGACCCUAAGUCCAUCUCACAUGUGAGUAAACAAUUGUGUUUGGGUGUAAAGCAGGUUCAUCCAAAUUCUAAUGACCAUUUUGUAUGAAUGCAAUCUUGCAUUUGUUCAUAUCUGUCUUUAGGAUUAUUCUAGAGUAC